AAUCUUCUGGACUUUUCUCGGUGUUUCUAGUGGAUUUGAAGUUUUAAAAUGUUCUUCUGUCCGUGCAUGCAAUCUAAUUAGUGACCAGUUUGCUGGCUGAGUUGCUGCUGGAACUGCAGUCGUAGGGAGGAAAGCGGUGUGAUAUUUCGCCCAAAAUUAAGGAUUCUGCACACAAGCAUGAAGGUUAGUUCCAAAUUUAACGCCUUUAAAUGAUUAAUCUGUCCGACGAGAAAUCUGGAACAAUGGUUGAAGAAAUAAUUAAAAUUAAAGAAGAAGCCAACGAAUUUUUCAAGUCAGGGGAUCAUGAGCAAGCGAUUAAGCUAUGCAAUUCGGCUCUCGGGAAAUGUAAGGAUGACAAUUUGACUUGUGUCUUGCACAAAAACGCUGCAGCAAGUCACCUAAAAUUGAAAGAAUUCGAUGAGGCUAUUAAGCAUUGUGAUCUGGCAUUGGAGUUAAAACCUCAAGAUGCAAAAGCCCUGUAUCGUCGAGCUUGUGCUUUGGAAGCUCUGGAGAGAUAUGAAGAGGCGUAUAGAGAUGCUCAAAGGGCUCUUGUUUCAUCUCCUCCAGACGCAGCUACGUUUAAACCUUUACUGUCCAAACUGCUACCCAUCGUAGAACAGCGACGACAACAAUCAUCUCAAACGAGAGACAAAGCUAUUCGAAUGAUUCGUCGAGCGUUUGGAGAGGAACCAAACUUGAGCGAUGAAGACAUUGAAACUGCGCUGAAUAACAUAAUCGUGUUGGCUAGAGAAAGGGCUGGGGUUGAAGCAUUGCUAGAAGUGGGGUUAUUAAGAAAAAUUAAAAGUCUCUUGGAAAUCAAACGCCCAUCCAAGAAAGAAUUAAAAUGGAAAAUUUUGGCUGUGCGAUCCUUGUCACAACUUGUACAAUUUGACAUGAAAACGUGCCUGCAUUUGGGAAAAGAGCUUGGCGUUCCAUUUGUCAUGAAUUUGCAAGACAUUACAUACGGCUUCAGCGGUGAUGCGGUUUUGGCGGAAGAAGCACUUUCUGCAGUUCAAUACUUGUGGCAGUCGAUUCUUAACAGUCUUUCUGGAAGUAAAAAAGGAGAAAAGCCUGACCCUGAAUGCCUAAAGAUCAACAAGUCAAUAAUUGACUCGCUUCUCACUACGAUGACAAUGUCUCUAAAUAGUAGAUCGAUCACAGGCGAAGCUAGAGACAUGAUACUCCAGAUUUUUACAAAAAAUAUUGAUUAUGUAAAUCUUAACUGGGCAGAUAAAUUUGUUGAGAUUCAUGGUUUACAAAAACUUGCGGACAUUGGUGCUGAAGUUCCAGAACUUAAAAUUGAAUCUGCCAUGACUAUUACCCCAAACACGAGAGGUCUUUUAUCUGUCCUCAUGACAAGAAUCUAUAAUAACAUGUAUUACGAUAAGGCAAGGGAAACAUAUGUUGCUGAAAUUGAUGAUUUCUUAAAAGAACUCCUGAUAUCUCCAGAUAUGGAUUCCAAAGUCCGCGUAAUUGCACUAAUAACCGUGCUUUUAAAUGGACCUGUUGAUGUUGGUAAUACGUUUAUUGGGCGCCAAGGGGUUAUUCAGAUGACUUUGGUGAUGGCAAAUUCAGAGACCUAUCUGGAGCAGCGUGUGGCUACUGAAGCUAUUGUCGCUGCGGCCUCUAAAAAGGACAAAGCGAAGAGCAUUAUUAAUGAUGGAAUAAAUAUUUUAAAGCGGUUAUACCAAUCGAAGAAUGACGAGAUAAAAGUGCGUGCGUUGGUUGGAUUGUGUAAGCUGGGCAGCUCCAGCGGCACUGAUGCUUCAUGGAGACCUUUUCAAGAUGGGUCAACUCUAAAAUUGGCUGAAGCUUGUCGGCGAUUCUUGCUGAAUCCUGCUAAAGACGUUUCUGUCCAAAGAUGGGCCGUCGAAGGAUUAUCGUAUUUGACUCUAGAUGGAGAAGUUAAAGAAAAGUUGAUUGAGGACUUACCGGCGCUAAAAACAAUGUUGGAAAUUUCUAGUCAUGCCGAGAAAUUAUCAGAAAUUGUCUACCCAAUUAUUAUGACGCUUGUGAAUUUAUGCAAUGCGUACGAUAAAAAAGAAAUUGAUCCAGAAAUGCUGGAAUUGGCAAAGUUUGCCAAGCACCAUGUCCCAGAAGAACACGAGUUUGAUGAUCCAGAUUUCGUGGUUAAUAGAGUCGAAGUGCUGGCUAAGAUUGGAGUUACAAAUUGUUUGGUGAACUUAGCAAAGGCCACCGAAUCUGCUAGCGUGUUGGAGCUAAUUUCUAGAAUUCUAAACGCUAUUUGUGAAAGAAAAGAGCUAAGAGGCAUGGUUGUAGCUCAUGGUGGGGCCCGAGAAUUAAUUAGAAUAUUUGAGAAAUCAAAUCCACAAGGUAAAUCUAAUUCUGCUCAAGCUUUAGCUCGAAUCGGAGUUACCACUGCUCCUUCAAUUGCCUUUCCUGGCCAAAGGACAUAUGAAGCCGUGAAGCCAUUGCUCUAUCUUCUUGACAUGGAAAGAAGUGGACUCGAAAAUUUUGAAGCUCUCUUGGCACUUUGUAAUAUCGCAGGAGAGUCAGAGUCUUGUCGACGAAGAAUUUUUGAUGAGAAAGGAUUCAUGAUGAUUGAACACUACGCGUAUGAAAAACAUACAAAGCUACGUAUGGCUGCAGUUCAAUGCAUGUGCAAUUUAGCAUUGUCCGAGGAAUGUGUAAAGGCUUAUGAAGGUGAAAACGAACGUGUCAAGUUUAUGGUAUUAUUAUGCGCCCCGUCAGACGAUCUUGGAAUGGAGGACACGGAUGAAAUUGAUACUAUGAAAGCAGCUGCAUCUGUACUGGCCAUAUUAACUUCACAAAGUCGUAAAGUAUGUGGGAGAGUGUUAUCGGAUGUCAAAGAUCCGUUUAGCAUAUUGAUGUGGCUCGUUGCAAAUCCAAUGCUUGAGUUCCAACUAAGAGGAGUGACAAUCGUGCUCAACAUAAUUAAGCAAGACAAGGAUCUUGCCGAGAGGAUUGUGGGUUCUCCGUUGUUUGAGUUAAUCAUGGUUUUAUCUCGACAAGGAGAUAUUGAGCCUCCCAAAGAGUUGAGCAAGGAAGAUGUCAAGAACAAAGCAGAUAUUAAACAGCGAUGCAAUGAAGCUCUUCGAAAAGCUGAAGACUAUGGCCUUAUAAAAAAAUCUUAAUCCAGAAAUUAUGUACUCUGUUUAUUAUGAUAUUUACUUCGUUCAACCUUUAGCAAUGUAAUCUUUCUUUAGUCACAAUUAAUCAUAUGCAAUGCAGGUAGUUUAUUUAAUUUACAUUUGUAUUUGAACAUUUUUUGAGUUUUUGCUUUUUGUCUGUGUAACAAGUGUGAUUUACUAUUUGACUAACAGUAUUGACAUAUGGAAAAUAUAGGUAUUUAUGAUUAUGACAAUAAUUACUUGCCAUCUGCUAUGAAAGUAAUUCAAGACAUAUUGUUCAUUAGGUUAAGGUGGUAAAGUAACUUUUAAUCCUGGAGUCCUCUCCAUUUCCUUGCGUAUCGCUUUGACAGCGAAUUUGUUACCAGCCCAUGCUCUGGGAAAAAAUUAAAAAUUUAUACAUUUAACAUA